AUGGCAGGGGUGACUUUGGCGCUCUCCUGGAAGCGGCGGCCGGGCUGGAAGCCCACAGACCCUGCGAUCAUGGAGAAGCUGCGACAGUCUUUGGUGGUGCCGGUGGUCUCCUUGCAGGAGUCCUCGGGGGCAGCAGCGCUGGCAGCUGCGCUGGUGGAGGGAGGCCUCACGACCAUUGAGGUGGUCUUCCGCACGGCGUGCGCUGAGGAGGUGCUGCGACGAAUGGCGCAGGCGUGA